GAUGUCACUUCCUUAUUAUUUGUUUGGUAUAUAUUUUUAGGUGCUUUGUCAUACAGUGAGAAGUGCUGGCUAUUGUUUGCUGAUAGCAGUAUCAUUACACAGUUUAUCAAUUAACAUGUGAUUAUCAUUUGAUAUCGAAACUGUUAAAUGUAUGUAUAUAAACAUAAAGCCAAUUUUGAACACGGAAUUAAUUGAAUGGUUUAUUUCGAUUCUACUGCAAACAUGAUUUAUUUCAUACUGAGUUUUACAGUUUUAUAUGGAUUAUGUCGGAGUGAAACAACAACUCCAACGAUACGAACCGACCCAACAACAGCGCCACCAAAGGUUUUGAAGUGUUAUUCCUGUUAUGGAGUUGGGAAGGAGAACCCGUGCCUGAACUACACUCACUACGAACAGGCCUACAUCAACCACCGUAAAAACAAGCCCGACUAUGGUCCGAUCCAGUUUAAAACAUGCGUGGCCCCAUAUAACGUCACCUGUAUUAUAAUGACGUACAGCACUGUAAACGGACAAUCCGCACACCAGAGAGACUGUAGUGACGAUAAGACAUUUGGUCUUGACCCUACCAAGUGGCAGAGGUACUUGCCAAUCACCAAGGAUGUACCACGUGACAAUAUCACCAAGUGUGCGUGGGACGACACAGACCAAGUCUGUCUUUCGCGGUGUGAUACCGAAUUUUGCAACGGACCAGAUUUUGGGAGAGGGUCAAUAACGACUGUUUCAGGAUUUGUUCUGAUUGGUUUCUAUAUCUUUAAAGUCAUAUUUUAGAUUUGUUUUAAAUGUGCAAGCAAACAUUUUGACGUUUUUAUUAGAAGCAGUUCUUUAAACUGGUGAAUACUGUGAUUGUUAUCCACGUCUUAACAUGACAAAUAUCAUAUUUUAAGGUCUUGAUAACGGUUUUAUCCCUUUUAUUGAGUGUAUAAUUGCAAUGUAUUGCUACUAAGUGCAUGUAAUUUACAAAUUAAUUUGGAGCAAUACACCUCGGAUAUAGAAA